GAUAUGGAGCGGUGACUCGUCUCGUUCCCCGUAAGUGUGUCGGGAGCGGCGACCUUAGCAUGAACUCGGCACAUCUGAGGUCCCCCCUUGUAUUGAUAAUCUGUUCCUUGGGUAUUUUUGUGACUAUCGGUGAUGAUUGGUCUAUUAGCUCGCUUUCCAGGGCCAUGGCACCUAGCACCUGCUUACUUGCUGCUCAUCCAGAUUCUACAGGUAGUAACUUUGCAAUGCCGACGGCAUUCCUAAGUAGACACGGCUAUCAGCUUUCCGAACCUUGUGCAUCAUGGUAUCAAUCAUGGAAGGUUAAACGAAGAACACCGCUUGACAUGGGCACGACUAGGUCCAUCGAUCAUCGCCGGAACGGCAGAGUUGGCGUGGAUGACUACACGAACUCUUAUACGAUUACUCGCGGUGCCGCGAAAAUUCGCGUCUCCACAGCAUAAGGACCACCGGUGCAUCAAUUGAGACCGAGAUUUGGUUAUGUUAUGCUCCGAGGAACCAACUGCCAAUCCAAAACGCGAGGUGUUGCGUAGAGAUGGGUGACAACUGGAACGCAGCUUAUUUCUCAAGUGCGUAAUGGCGACGUUUUGUGACGAGAAGUGCGAUCUACUCUAACGAAUGGCGCGCUCCUACCUCAAACCGAACCCCAAGGAACGUACCUCAAGCGCUGUUCAAGUUUAGACACCAAUGCUAGCUUUCGGCAGCAGCAUGUUGGGACGGCAUACCGGCGCCGCUAUGGAAAUC